CCCAGAUACCCCACACACCCUCCCACUCCCCUCCCUCCAACCCUCCUCCGUUCCUUCCUUCCCGCAAAAAUAAUCACUCAAAAAAGCGCACAAUGGGCCGCCCUCUCUUCUCUUCCCACGCCCGCGCCCCCGUCGUCGUCGUCGCCCCCGACCACGAGUACGAGCACGAGCACGAGCACGCAGGCGCAGGCGCAGGCGCGCACACGCACUACGAAAAAUGGACGUACGGCGCGUUCGACCCGGACUCGGACGAGUUCUUCGAGGGCGCCGUCUACGAGGCCUUCCUCGGCCCCGAGGACGCCAUCAACGUCUCCGCCGCCGACCGCGACCGCGACCCCGAAGCAGACGCGGACUCGCAGCACGAGCACGAGCUCGACACGGACGACCUCCCGGGCGGCUGGGGCCGCCGCACCCGCAUGCUCUCCCCGAGCGAGCGCGUCCUCCGCCUAAACGAGCUUGUCAUUCGCGCCUCUGCCGUCCUCCCGCCCAGCGGCCCCCUCGACCCUGACCACCCCCCUGUCACCGCUGCCGAGUACUUCAGCCCCGCCGCCGCCGCGUCUACCACCAGCACUACUACCAGCAGCGCGGGCAGCAGCGCCCCCGCCUCGCCCACGCAGCGCGCGCGCGUGCACACCUCCGACAUCACACCCAUCCCGCUCCCGUCCUCCGUCGCGCGCGCACACCCGCCGCCGCCGCGCGAGCAGAGCGCGGACCCCGCCGCCGCCAGCACGGGCACGGGCACGGGCACGGGCGCCGCUUACUUUCUGUGGCCGUUCCCCGCCGCCGGCGCGCUGCCACGUCAGCCGGGCGAGCCCGCGCGCGCGCAUAUUCCCGCCGCCAGGGGGCCUAGGUGGCCGGUGUUUUGAUUCCAUGCCACACGCUGUGCCCAGAGGCGGGGGAAAAGUAGAUCGCAUGGUAUAGCCGGCGGGGCGGGGGCUCGAGUCGGGGCCUGAGGGGCGGGUGGGGAGAUAUCGCGGGUGGAAGGCGGUUCGUGUGUUGGCGUGGAAGGCUGGCUGUCCGUCAUGCUUGUCCCCGUCGACGGGCGUUAGCGCCUUGGUCCUGGCGGCCCCGGUCAUCUAAUGUUUUUUCUUCUCUUCUCUUGUCUACUUCGACCGUCAGACGACCUUGUGUCGUGUUGUUGCUCCAGCGCCAAAAACACACGUUGUAAUUUUACACUUCGUCCGUCCCCUCCCGUCCCUGCGCGACCCCUUGUAUAUUCUGCUACUCUGCUACUCUGCUUCCCUCUCUCGCUUCUGCCCCCGCUUCUGCCUCGCUCCGCUCGUUCGUCCCGUUCCGCGUCUCUCUCUGUCUGUAUAUACUCUAUUCGACCUUUCCGGCGUGUACGGUUUCCUCUUUCGUCUCCCGGGCGUGCGUCGUGCUUCGUGCUUAUCCUCCCUGCCUUGGUUUGGCUUUGUGUGCCUGCUCUAGCUCUCCUGUGCCAUUAUAGCGUCAUCUAUACAAUUAUGCGAUCAUGCGCGUCUCGUCGUCUCUGAAACGUCGUCUCUGAAACGGGUCAGGUGGAUGGAGGCAGUCACUGUCGUCAAAUUGCCAUCGUUUGGGAGAUACAGUACACCUCGCUAUCAUACACGCAGGAACAAUCCUCCAAAGACCAGACCCGCCCCCCCCCUCUCGCGCUCUCACCGGGCUCACAAUCACAGCGUAUACCUGUACCCGCUCCACUCGUCCCCCUUCUCCCGCUUCGCCUCCGCAACGCUCGCGAACCGCCCAUUC